AUGAAUAGAGGAGGAAGAAAUGGAGGACGUGGAGGUAGAGGUGGUGGUCGUGGUGGAAAUAAUGGGGUUAAUGAUGGAGAAGGUGAUGGUGGCAAUCCGGAUAUUGCAAACAUGAUCACUCAGCAAAUAGCUGCCGCUAUUCCUACUAUUGUUACUCAAAAUAACAACAUCAUUGGAGGCAAUAAUAAUGGAUGCACCUAUAGGGAGUUUCAAUAUUGUAAACCACCAGAUUUUGAUGGCAAGGGAGGAGCAUUGGCAGCCACUAGAUGGAUAGAGAAAAUGGAAGCUGUCAUGGAUAUUAGCAACUGUGCAGAGAAUCAAAAGGUGAAGUAUGCCGCAGCUUCACUGACUAAUAAAGCAUUGACAUGGUGGAACACUGAGAUACAAGCUAGGGGUAGAGUAGCAGCUGUGGGGAUGACAUGGGACGAGUUUAAGGAAUUACUACUGGAAGAAUUCUGUCCGAAAAAUGAAAUGCAGAAGUUGGAAAAUGAAUUUUGGAAUCAUUCAAUGGUAGGAGCCAAACAUGCCGCUUACACUGAUCGGUUUUAUGAGCUUGCCAAACUAGUACCUCAUCUAGUUAGACCUGAAUCAAAUAGGAUCCAGAGGUACAUCUAUGGUCUUGUUCCCCAAAUUCGUGGGCUUGUGUCAGCAACUGAGCCAACCACGAUUCAAAGUGCUAUUCAGAAAGCAGGAUCUUUAACGGAUGAAAUGGUGAGAAAUGGGUCAUUGUCUAAGGUUAAUGAGAAAAGGAAGGAUGGUACUGAGACAAGUGGGUCAAAGAAUACUGAUGGAAAUAACAAGAAGGCAAAAAUGGCAACGGGGUUGAUGGCAACGGAUGCGACUAAGAUCGGAUAUACGGGUUCUGCUCCAAAGUGUACAAAAUGUCAAUUCCAUCAUUUCCAAAAUUCACCUUGCCGUUUGUGUACAAACUGCAACCGAUUUGGACACCUUGCUAGGGACUGUCGAGUGGGAGUCAAGCAGGUGGCUCCGGUGAAUGCUGUUAACCCGAUAAAUAACCGUGGAACGUGCUAUGAGUGCGGUAGUCAUAACCAUUACCGCAACACGUGUCCAAAUUUGAACCGAGCAUGGUUUCAAAAAGUUAUAUAA